AUGGUUUCUAACCACCAGACGAACGCAAAACUCCUGACUCCUGGCCUGCAAGAGGGAGAGCCGCAGGGAGAGGGAGCGAAGCCGCAGGAAGUGAGGCCUGCAGAGCUCCGGCCGCGCGCGAUGGUGAUGCUGCGCAGUUUCAAAUUCAAAGUGGCCGGCUGCGUCCUGCUGGCGCUGACGUCAGUGCUGUGGAGCCACCACCUGUACGCUGCCGGAUGGAGAGGGGGGAACUACGGUGGUGGCUCGGCUGGCAAGCGGGGGGUCCUCAGAUCCUUCAGAAUACGGGUGAAGGAGUCGAUAGGGGACGGCAGGGCGUUGUACAACGAGGAUAAGGGGGCGUGCCCGCUGCAUUACCAAAGGAUGACAUACGAGGAUGUCAGGGACCGAGGGCAGGUCCCCUACCUGCUGGGGGGCCGCCGGCAGCCGCACUGCCGCACCUGCAGCAGCAAAGCCCCCUGGGCCAACUUCUGCUCUUGGGACUACUCCAAAUUCUCAGGGUUCCGCGGGCCGGUGUGCCCGGAGUGGUUACAAGAGCAGCUGCUGACGUGGAUGAUUGAGUCAGCGGAGCGCGGCAGGCCAGGAUUCAAGGAGAUGCUGACAAUGACCCCCUGCGACUUAUUCCCCCUGCUGCGCGGCCGCACGCUGUGGCUCAUGGGAGACUCCAUGAUGCAGGAGUUCAUGAAGGCGAUGAUGUGUUUCCUGGUGGAGUUUUGGGACGUGGACCGUCAGCCGCAGCCGCCAAUCCAGCCGCACAGCGAACCAUACAUCGACUUUGAGUGGCCACUGCAGGGCUGGUGCAUACAGCUGCCCCAGGAUGCGCGGGUAUGCCUGCUGCGUGCCAACACGGCGGACCAGAUGCUGGACAUUGUGUUCCCGGCCUUCCCCAAGCUGGGUGUGAAGCUGGAGGACGUUGUGCUUGUCAAUUUUGCCAUUGACGCACACUACCAUGGUAACAUGACACGGUUCCGAGAGCACGUCUGGUACAACCUGCGCGAGCUGCCGCUCAUGAUGUGGCGCGACUCCAGCGUCCAGCAUUUCGACACCCUCUCAGGUGACUACGUGUGGCCGCCGCGCACCAAUUCCUGCGUUCCCUUCCGGGACGUUUACCUGGAUGACAACAACAAGCUGCACAGCUGGGACCCCGCUCUGCAGACGGUGGUGGAGGGCGGCUGGCGCAACAAGCUAGCAUACGCUGGGCUGGUGGACCUGCAGAUGCCCAUCGUGCACACCUGGAAUGUCUCUCUUGGCAUGUGGAACUACCACACCAACUACAGGGAGGAGCCGGGGGACUGCACUCACAUGUGCCACCCGUCAGCCUACCAGUUUUGGAUCUACGCCCUCUAUGAGACGCUCAAACCGCUGCCGCCCGACGCGCGCGCAUCCGCGCAGCGUCAUCUGAUGCGGCCGGGGACGGCACGGGGACGGCGCGGUGACGCCGGCCGGCGGCUGCUCAGCCGCCAGAUUUGGCCGAGCCAGUGCCCCCGGGAAUAUAGGGUGCACGGGGGUUGA